CAGCCCGCAGCUGAAGGAGCUGAAGUUGUGGCGAUGGAGCUUAUACAAUAGAACUUCCGAUCAAAGUUACUGUGAAUAAAAGCUGUGGACGUCAAAUAGAGCAGUUUUCUUCCGGACGAUAAGUGUUGCCGACGAUAUGAAGCUCUUCAACUCUUACCGAUCGGAUACUGUAGUGCUUCUGAUGAUCCUCAUCGUGAAAUCCCAAUUACGUCUAUCUCAUGCAGAUAAGAUUGAAAGCUCUUACACAACUCAUCCAACAGGACUGCUGUCUCCGACUCCUGUUCCCACGCCGAUGGUUCCGAUGAAUGCUGAGCUCGAUCAAGUGCCAGAUAGUCCGCUGGUUCUAGACUACCAUAUGGGCCCGCUCAUGACGGGCCUCGAUGAUGUUCUCAAGCUCUAUGUCAUCUACUACGGCUCUUUCAGCACGAAACAAAAAUCCACGCUCCAGCUCUUCUUCAAUUCCCUCAGACAAGGAGUGAAGCCGACACAGGUUUCUUCCUUUCCGACUGUUUUUAAAUGGUGGCAGCUCACUCGUGAGUACAGAGACCUUUACGGCGAUGGAGUUGCUCGACAGGUCGUCCUCGCCGGAGAAAGGAACAUACCUUCGGCGGGGAAUCUCACUCAGCUUGACAUUCAGCAGAUUGUCAAGGAUUCGACUGUAGAAUUCGGAAAAAGUGCUCGAGUCAUGUAUCUGGUUCUGACUGACGAUGAUGUGACCGUGGAGCGAUUUUGUAUGAAUGUUUGUGGGACGCAUUUUUACACGUACCCUUCUGAUGAGACCGAUUCUCAGAUGCUACCUUACGCAUGGGUUGGGAACCCCACGAAACAAUGCCCAUCGCUUUGCAGCUGGCCAUAUGCGCCUGGUGGCUUACAGAAAAUCGGUCUCAUCUCUCCCAAUGGAGAUGCAGGCAUCGACGGAAUGAUCAUCACAAUCGCCACCCUUCUGGCUAACGUGGUGACGAAUCCGUUCGGAUCGGGAUAUUACCAGCCCGAUGGUCUUGAAGCAGCCAGUGUUUGUCAAGGCAUAUAUGGAACGGGAGCCUUUCCUGGCAGUCCCGGCAAGCUUUUGGUGGACAACUCCAGCGGGGCAAGUUUCAACGUGUUCGGAGAAAAAAACGCCAAAUUUCUUCUUCCUUGGAUCUGGCAACCAUCAACACUUAAGUGCGCAGGACAGGAGUGACACCCACUCACGGUAUGAAUUGAGCAUCACCUGAAAAUCGGACAGUUCCAUCUUCUGUGUUACCUCGAUGGAAUAUAGCAGAGCGAAUACUGUCAUGUUUUGCAGCGCAAAAAUAAUGUCCAUAUCCAAUAACACGAUGAUCAUAUGAUCGACGUGAUUGAGUUCUCUAGAUGCAUGUACAUGACAGUGUUCGUUCAACAUAAAGUCCUGUAAAGGUCAGAAGUUUCUCCUCGUCUAGUAAGAUAGUGUUUGUUCCAGUUAGUAAGGUACUCUGAAUGUACUAGACACACAUCAGAAAGAA